AUGGCUGCAGCACCGGUGCGUGACGACCGUCGCAUCGUCCUCCACCUGGACUAUGACUGUUUCUAUGCCUCAGUCUUUGAGGUCGAACAACCUGCCUUGAAGUCCCAACCCCUGGCAGUCCAACAGAAACAAAUCGUUGUUACCUGCAACUAUGAGGCUCGACGCCGCGGCUUGCACAAGCUGCAGCUCAUCAAAGAUGCCAAGCGCAUUUGUCCCGAAGUCGUCAUUGUUCUGGGUGAAGACUUGACCAGGUUUCGAGAUGCAUCGAAAGAUAUAUACCAUUUCAUCCACGGUUUCAUCUGGGGUGGCCGCGUCGAAAGACUCGGCUUCGACGAACUCUCUCUGGACGUCACAGAAAUGAUCGACUACAAUGUUGAACUGCUCAAUCGGAAUGACAUGACUACUUCCUUCUUCCAUCUCAACAGAAAUGAUCCGACCGUUGGAUUCACUUACGAUGCCACAAGAUUUCAUGGCUCUACAUAUCCGCCCCCGGGAGGAGAAUCUUCCGCUGUGGAGUCCGAUCCCUCAACACUGGAAAUGAGGCUCUUGGUUGGUUCCCAUUUGAUGGCAUACCUGAGAAGCCAGCUUGAGUAUGACAAAGGCUUCACCGCUACAGGCGGGAUCUCAACUUCCAAGUUAUUGGCCAAGUUAGUUGGCAGUGUUCACAAACCAAAUCAACAAACAACCCUAGUUCCACCAUACGAACUCACCAGCGAUGGCAAGGAAAGCAAUGUCAUUCAGUUCAUAGACGCCCACGAGAUCCGCAAAAUACCAGGCAUUGGAUCGCGGUUAGCACAGAAACUGAGAACGCGGGUUGCAGAGCAAAAUGCUGGCGAAGAAGAGGUAACAGUGCGCGAUGUUCGCUUGUACCCUGGUAUGAGCCCACCGCUGCUGGAGAAAACUCUUGGCGGGCCAGGUGCCGCGAAAGGGAUCGGCCAGCGAAUCUGGGGGAUAUUUCAUGGCGUGGACAAUACCGAAGUGAUCGAAGGACGUGAUUUACCCACCCAAAUCAGUAUCGAGGACACAUAUGGUCGCGGCCGUCUUGAUAGCCCGGAAAGUGUGCGGCGGGAAUUGACGGUAUUGGCCAAGAGUCUGCUCCGACGAAUGAGAACCGACUUGCUCGUCAGGGGUGGUGGAAAUGAUGAGCAGCCAAGGUGGCUGGCACAUCCACGCACGCUCCGAUUAUCGACGCGGCCAAGGAACGCACCGGAAACGGACGGGGUGCGGACGUACAACGCUAAUCGAAUCUCGCGCUCGGCUCCACUGCCGAGCCUAGUCUUUAAUCUAGACGAAAGUAUCGAUUCCUUGGCCGAACGGGUUGUCCAGGAUCAUGUCAUGGGUAUGUUUCGCAAAUUACACGCUGAAAAGUCCGGGUGGGACCUUGGCUUGAUGAAUAUCGCCGUGACAAACAUGAUUGAGAGUGCGGGAGACCAGAAACAAAGUAGUGGACGAGAUAUUGGGAAAAUGUUCCGGCAACAAAAAUCAAUUCUGCGGGAGUGGACUGUGCACGAGUCGGAUGAUCGGUUGACGCCAGAAUCCGAACCCGACUUGUUGGAGGAGAGUGAUUCUGGGUGGCAAGACGGAGACGAAGAUGGGGAUCACGAUGCGCCGUUGCUAAGCAUCGAGUGUCAAUUAUGCGGGGCUCCGAUCCCACAUUUUGCUCAACAGGCGCAUGAACUCUACCAUGCGAGCGAGGAGACUUGA